AUGAGCACGACCUCGAACCCCAAGGGCAGGAACUUGAUCGCUGUGAUUGGUGACGAGGACUCCGUCACCGGGCUCCUCCUCGCCGGCAUCGGCAACGUGGAUGACAAGCAGGAGAAGAAUUUCUUCAUUGUCGAUAGCACUAACAGAGCAGAGACGCAGACCGGCGCUAUCGAGGCGGCAUUCCAGGAGUACACCGAGGACAGGAAGGACAUUGCUAUCCUGCUGAUCAACCAACAUGCCGCCUUCCCCGCUCUGCUCGAGAUCCCGUCCAAGGAGCACCCGUAUGACCCGUCCAAGGACUCUGUCCUGAAGCGUGUGCAGAAGCUGCGUGGCGACUAG